AUGGGAUUUUUGUCUAGUAUAAUCACUGAAGUAAAAGAAAAUCCAAACUUAUCAUCUUACAAAACAACAUUAAAUGAAGCAGUAAAUGAAUUAAACAAAAAUCUUAAUAAAGGCAAAAAAGGUUUGGAGGCUGUGAUUGGCCCGGUCAAGGAGGGAAUUAAGGGGUGGUUGGGGGAGGUGGAAAAGAAAAAUAAUGAUGUAACGAAAUAUAUCGAUGUUUUAAAAAAUGACACGACUAAUGCUGCAACCGGUAUCGAAAAAUGGAAAAAUCAAGAUUUUGAUGAAGCCUCCAAAAAACAUGGUGAGUUGCACAAUUGGAUCAAAUCCAUCAAAGAAUUAUCCAACCAACCGUAUUAUGCCAUUCAUGCGGUCGAAUACGUCGAUGAAAAACUCAGAAACAAUUUACUUCCGCAUAUCAAUUUACUGAAUAACGCUAUUGACACUUUCAAGCAGAAUACGGUUGAGGAUUACGAUGGACUUCGCACGGUGUGCGAAAAGGUGGCUGCAAAAAGCAAUGAAAUUAUUGAUCAAGCAAACUUAGUCACGAAGACGGCAGAGAAGAAAAUUGAAUUGAUGACUAGUCAGCUGGAUAAUACGAUCACUGCACUUGAUGAGCAUGUUCAGAAAGCUGUGGAAGGUCUAGAAAACGCUACUCACGAACUAAACAAAUGGUCUGAAAAUCAAACGGAUUCUUCUCUUCAUAAAGCUCUUAAGCAAUGUGCCGAAGUUGUCAAGGAGCUCGAUUAUAAGGAAAACAAGAAUACGUUUUAUAUUCAACUUGCUGCCAUUGACGCUGCGAAAGACGUUGUUGCUGAGGUGCAGGGAACAUUGAGCAGCGUUAACAACCGCCUGAUGAUUUGGAUCACAAAGGCGGCAUUUUUGGUCAGCCAGUCCUUGCGUUUUGUUGCUACGAUUCUGGAUGAAUUGAAUGGAGAGGACGGUUCACAUAAUUACGUCAAACAGAUUAAGGACGCUGCGGGAAAACUAUAUAAGGAUGCAUUGAAGUUGAACGGUGCUAUGCGUGCGGCGCAUAAACAUAUCAGUGAAAAGGUCCGUGCAGCUUUGGAGGCAUUUGGUGAAGUGGAUAAGGCUGUCAGAAAGGAUUUAGCGCAGUUUAGGGAUCUUAUUAAAGCUGAGGUUGGAGUAUAUUUCGCUCAAUUAGGAGCCGUGGAAUAUGGUGUGGUUAAGCAGAGCGGUGAUGUAAGUCAGCUGGAUCAAAAAGUUGGAGCAAAGUUCAGAGAAUGGCUUCGACAAGCAUCAUCAACCUCAACAGUCAUUACUCAUACGAAAAUCCAAACUGAUCUGAGGUACCUCAAGAAGUCUUACAACGUCAAUGCUAAAUCAUCAACGCUAGAGGAGAUUUCCGCUUUCGCUGCCAUGGGGGAGGACGCCAAGGCGCAGAUUGAAAAAGAUUACGGCAGCGACAUAAAAGAUGUACCGAACCCUGAACAAAGAAUGGCGUCGUACAAUGCACAUGAUGGAAAGCAGAAGGUCACCAACGCUUUGGCUGCGAUUAAGAGUGAUACUAAUGGUCUGCUGAAGAUUGAAGAAGUGAAAGACGGAGAAGGAACCCGAAUAGACAUAUUGUCGCUACGUGCAUUGCAUCAACAAACAGAAACCUCUGUGAAGAACCUAACAGCUCUUAUACGAAAGUACGCCGGUGACGAAUCUCUAAAAAACGAUGGUGUCCAGCAAUACCUGACGAAAUGUAGAGAGUUAAUUGUCAAACAUGAGGACACUAUUGAAGUUGAAGGAGUACGUAUACCUGGGCUUCAAAAAAUAAAACAGGAUAUAAGCGGCCAACAAUCCCUUUUGUCUAAAUUAAUACAACCGGUAGGUGCGGCCGUCGAAGCAAUUAAGAUGAGUAUUACGAAAGCAUCCAAAAUAGUUGAUGACGCUACACGGUCCGAAACUAUAAAAGGCUAUAUAACGCAGCUACAAAGUGAGAUGCGGGAGUUAAAAAAAUCUCUAAAUUCGUUAAAUGCGGGAGAGCUGACAAAAGAGAUGCAAGCGGUACGUGCCGAAUUCGUCAAAACACAAGAUAAAAUAAUUCUCUACAUUAAACUUGUCUCUGAACAGUCGAAAUCACUUGCAAUAGAAGCUGCCAUUGACAUCAAGAAAUCCGCCCUCUCCCAGUUCGCCACGUCCAAGGCCGCCGUGCUCCAGAAGCUGAAGCAGUUGGUUGAGAAGGAGAAGGGAGAGAUUGAGAGGAUUAUUGAAGAGGAUUUGGAAAGCGGAUUGAAGGGGAUGAUGAAGAAAAUGAAAGAGAAAGAGAGUACGCUUGAAGCAAUUGAACAGCUUGUAACUGUGAGAGCUCCACCACCCCCGACAGUUAAGAGCGAUGGCACAAAACUGCGAGAAAUGUCUGGGCAUUUCAAAUCGUAUUACGACGCAGUGCACAAUCAUAUUAAGACACAAGUUGAAGAUCCUCCCAACCAGCCAACCAAAACAGUAACCAACUCCCCACCCACCGACCAACCCACCGACCCAGCCACGCAGCUAACCAAAAUCAAAACUAACUUCGACAAAUUACUUGGACAUUUAAUUGAUGCAAAACAGUCUAAAAAGUAUAAUUACGAUAAAACUUUCGUUGAUUUACUUAAUUCCCUCAAAAACGCCACUAACGAUUUAUCCCCCUCCGCCUUCGCCAACCCCCGGCACCCGGAGCUGCUCGAUGCGCUCAAAAAGGGGCUGGAAGGGGUUUGU